GCGCGAUCCUACCUAGGCAGCCUCGGUCCUGUGCGCUGUUGCUGUGCGCUUUGUUGAGGACAAGAAAUCGAUCACGUCAAGCAAGCCCAGACCUGACACCUCUCCACCACGUACACAUGGCGGAAUCAAAUUUCAGCAGUCCGCUGCACAGCCAGUUCUCAAUAGCGCCCAGCCCGCCCUCUUUGCGGCCUCAGGAUCCAGAGCCGCCCGUCCCCUGGCCAAACUAUGCAAGCUACGGCUCCUUCUCUCCGUACGAUGCUCCGGCCUACAAUUUCUACCCAGGCCUGUCCAGGUCUCCAUUGCCCGACCCGUAUGGUGCGCCAAUGUCCUAUCCGCCGCAGGACCGAUAUCACCAAUUUCCUGCCCACGGAGGCUUCCGAGCAGGCGGGUACAACCCUCCUCCGGCCGGCAUGUUUCAGCAUGGUCCCAAUGGACCCGCGGCACCAGGACUAGCCGCGAGUCACCACCACGGUGUGCACAUGCCUGGCAGUCCUCACCCCGAAGUCGUAGGGACACGAGGCAAUAGCGAUUUCUGGCCUAUGAUGGACUCGUCUAUGUAUGCUCGAUCCCAAGGCUAUAGUCCGCCCUCAUAUCCCCAUCAUGUCUCACCGCAAUUGCAUGGAGCCGAUCAACACUUCGGGCGGCGUCCCCCAUCACUCGUGCCUGGAGUGAUUCAUGCGGCUUCCAGUCGCGCUUCCAGCGACAGGGUCCGCCCGGGUGAGGGAAGGGGGCCGAUGAGGGGCGCCAUCCCCAGCACUUCGGAACAGGCUCGUCACAUGACAUCACCGGGGCGUAGGGCUUCGUAUGAAAGGCAGUCGCAGAACAAUCAGCCCGGAGGGACAUCAGAGCGUCGUCCUUCGUUAUUCAUCAGUGCCCAAGCUCGCCGGCCAGACCGUAGUGUGUCUCCUAGGACUUCGAACCGCCGCAGCUUCGACAGAUACUCUACAGAUCUCUCCGAAUCAAGCAAUUCCCAUGAGACGGACGAAACUACUCGUGCCCGGAUGCACCGAGCACGCCGGCCACGCAUCAUCCCGUCUGGGGAGCUUCGUGCUCGGCUAUAUGCUACCAGCGAUCACCCUAAUGUUCCGACCCCUCAGCAGAUGAAAGCUCUUAAGGAGAAACUUCGACACCUUUUACCUGACCAACUCCCAGAAGGCGCGUCGACGGCUUGUGAUAUCUGCCAGAAAGACUACUCAGCCAAGUACAUCAGCCCCAGCGAGCAAGAGGAGAUGGCUAUUCAGCUCCCUUGCAAGCAUGUCUUCGGCGAACAUUGCAUCAAUACAUGGUUUGACACGUGCAAGACGCACAAGAACAAGGUAACCUGCCCAAUGUGCCGCAAGCUACUCAUCGAACCUCAAUCUCUGCGGCACUCGGGACUCUUCGGGGCCAGGUCAGAAAUGGCGGUGCUCUAUGCGCACAUGUCACACGGCGACCGACAGCUCCUCGAGACCAUUUACAACGGUGAUCGGGAGCUUCUUGCAAACUCUGCAUCGAGGGAUCUGGAGGGCGAUUUUGCGCAUACGUAGAUGCGACCGAAGACGGCCUCUUUGGACCCCCG